AGAAACUGGUGGAGGAGCAGGAACUAGCAGGAACCCAGAUCUGAACCCUCAUGAACAAACAUCUGAUUCUUCAGAGACUGAAGUUAGCGGAGAGGAUGAAGAUGAUGAUGAAGAAGAUGAUGAUGAUGGUGUGAAUCUGGACUCUGAGCUGUCAGACUCUGGGUCUGAAACUGGAGAUGAAGAUGAUGACUGGAAUGAGAGCAGGUCUUCUGAGUCAGAUGAGGGUGAUGUGAGUCAAAGAGGAGGUACUGGUCCGUGUGUGUGGGGUUCCGGUACACUUCAAUGUUGAGGUUGCCAUUUUCUUCAAAGUGCACAGCGCAGUCCAGGAAAGGCAAGCAGUUUUCCUUUAUGUUUUCCCUGGUGAACUUGAUGUUUUUGUCCAUGGCGUUGAUGUGCGUAGUGAAGGAUUCCACUUCUUGUGUUUUGAUUUUGACCCACGUGUCAUCCACAUAUCUGUACCAGUGGCUGGGUGCUCUCCCUUUAAAAUAGCCAAGAGCAUUUCUUUCCACCUCCACGGGACAGGACUCAGCAGUCCAUUUGCAUUUAAAGGACAAAGGUCACUCUUUCGAGGAUGCCAACGUUCACAUUUUGGACAGAGAGGACAGAUGGUUUGAAAGAGGAGUAAAGGAAGCCAUUUAUGUCCACUGUGAGCAACCAUCUUUGAACAGAGGCGGUGGUUUACGACACCAACUGUCUGCCAUCUAUAAUCCAGUUUUGAGAUCCCUUCCCAGAUGCCUCAAUGCCCACGCAUAUCCUGGGCCAUCUGAUCUCAGGAAUUCACAUGAUAGGGUGGGGCCAGGCUUCACAAUGAGCUCACCCGAAACUCUGGCUGAAUAGGACCCACACCCACCCUCAAACCUUGGCUCAUAGAAGAUCAUCAGGGGGUCUUUUGUUCCCUCUUCGGGGGGAAACUCCCACUGGGUUUAAAUCUGGGACUCCCCACCAUUUGACCUUAGAACUGCAGAAGCCUCUCGGAUGAGAGGUGAAACGUCUUCAACCAACUCAAAGAAGUCCAGACGCUUUUCUUUCAAAGCUCCUUAGACUAUUUGAUAUAAUGGUUUAAAAACGCAAAAGAGUAAUUUAUUAGAGUACUCGAUUAAUCGAUAAAAGAUUCGAUAGAGUACUCAAUUACAAAAAUAUUCGAUAGCUGCAGCCCUAAACAAAUUUAAGAAGCUUUUCAAUAAGCUUUUAGAGCAAAGCAUAGUACUGAAACAACGCUUGUGAGAGUGUUCAAUGAUAUUUACCAAUAUACUGAUGUGGGUGACAGUCUUUUUAUUACUCUUAGAUCUGACCGCUGCUUUUGAUACUCUUGAUCAUGUUAUACUUCUCAAUCGACUGGAGAAUUUUUUUGGUCUCUGGUUCAGCGCUCUUCUGGAUGAGUUCCUACCUGGCUGACAGUUUCAAGGAAGAGAGAAGAGACGGAUGAGAAACCUCUGCUCUUACAUUUCCACAACCAUCAAAUGAAAGACGGAGGUGUCCCAACCAGCAGCUUGGCUGGGCAGAUGACAGUAAAAGUUGGUGGAGGAGCAGAAACUAGCAAGAACCUAGAUCUGGACCCUAAUGAAAAGACAUCAGAUUCUUCAGAGAUUGAAGUUAGUGGAGAAGAUGAUGACGAUGUGAAUCUAGACUCUGAGCAUUCAGACUCUGGGCCUGAACCUGGAAACGGAGACCAGGGCUGUAAUGAGAACAAGUCUUCAGAGUCAGAUAUUAAGACCGUCAACAAAUCAUUUAGCUGCCCUGUGUGUGGUAUACGGUUCCUCCACAAGUGGUCUCUUCAGGAACAUGUGAGAGUGACAAGUCAUUCAGCAGUAAAGUCUUCAGAGUGUUGGGUUUAUACAAAAUGUGUGAAAGAGAAGCAACAUGGAGGCUCAUGCGGAAAGGUCCAGAAAGAAUCAAAAUCAUUUAGUUGUGAUGACUGUGGGAAAAGAUUUAGCCUAAAGUCCAGUUUAACCCAUCAUAUGAAAGGCCACACCGGGGUGAAGCCUUUUGCCUGUGAGCUCUGUGGAUACAGAUGUACCCAUAAGGGAAAUUUAAACACACACAUGAGAGUCCACACAGGACAGAAGCCUUUUGCAUGUGAGUUCUGUGAGAAAAGAUUUAGCCUUAAAAAUAGUUUAAACACACACACAAGAGUCCACACAGGAGAGAAGCCUUUUGCCUGUGAGCUCUGUGGAUACAGAUGUACCCAAAAGGCACAUUUAAACGAUCACAUGAAAGUCCACACAGGAGAGAAGCCUUUUGCAUGUGAGCUCUGUGGACAAAGAUUUAGACAGAAAAACAAUUUAAACACACACAUGAGAGUCCAUACAGGAGAGAAGCCUUUUGCCUGUGAGCUCUGUGGAUACAGACUUACGAAAAAGUCACAUUUAAACGAUCACAUGAAAAUCCACACAGGAGAGAAGCCUUUUGCAUGUGAGCUCUGUGGAUACAGAUGUACCAAAAAGUCAUAUUUAAAUGAUCACAGGAAAGUCCAUACAAGAGAGAAGCCUUUUGCAUGUGAGCUCUGUGGACAAAGAUUUAGCCUUAGAAAUAAUUUAAACACACACAUGAAAUUCCACACAGGAGAUAAGCCUUUUGCCUGUGAGCUCUGUGGAUACAGAUGUACCCAAAAGGCACAUUUAAAUUAUCACAUUAAAGUCCACACAGGAGAGAAGCCUUUUGCAUGUGAGCUCUGUGGAUACAGUUGUACCCAAAAGUCACAUUUAAACACACACAUGAGAGUCCACACAGGAGAGAAGCCUUUUGCAUGUGAGCUCUGUGGAUACAGUUGUACCCAAAAGUCACAUUUAAACACACACAUGAAAAUCCACACAGGAGAGAAGCCUUUUGCCUGUGAGCUGUGUGGAAAAAGAUUUAGCCGAAAGACACAUUUAAAGAGACAUACAAGCAUCCACAAAAGGCUUGAGGGAUUUAUUUAACAACAGUACUUCCAAAUGUACUAUUCAGUUUUUUUUUACAACCUUUAUGUUAGUCUUGUACCUCUGCUCAACUACCGUUGAUCAAGUCCUUACUCAGCCCUUGAGCAACCUCUUCUUUUGAUUUUCUUUUUCAAAUCUCCUUUGAUUUUUAAACUCAGACCUUAACCAAACAUUGAGAUGUUCAUUCAUGAAUUCUGAAUACAAAAAAAUAUUACUUAAAGAUUAAGAAGAAACUGUUAUACCCUCCUGUAUUUAAGAAACAGACUAGAUAACAGGCACAUGAUGGUUGUAGUACACAACCCACUGCAAUUUAAAGCUGUUAGAUACCGGUGGCGUCUGCUUUAAACAAUUUAUCUGUAUAUAAAAUAAUAGCAUACAAAUGUUGAGGGUCUGCCC